ACCGCAAAACCUAAACUUGCUGCUCUGUAGCUCUAGCAAGCCCAACAAACCCAACCUUGUCAUACCCUUUGGAGCCUAAGAUGUUCAAUCUCUGUCCAUAACUUGAAUCCAUUUCUUGCAAGAAUCCAAACUGCGGUCCAAAACCGAGUUUCCCUUUUCUCCACGAAAAGGAUCAAAACCCCAGCUGAACCUCACUCUCCGGCGGCCCCCGGAUGUCUGAUGAAGUAGGCUAUGUGGUGGGCAACUCCCUUAAGGUACACUACUUUAAAUCUCCCUUGUUUUCUCACCAAACACUGAACUCGCAAAUGUUAACUCUCUUCAAACUCACUUGUCUCCCCAAAAAGACAAAUUCUUUCUGUUCUAGUUCUUGUAAUACUAGAAAGAUUAAUUAUUUUGAUCAGUUUCUGCCUCUUUUUGAUAAAAAGAUCGAUUCUUUAAGCUAUUUGAACUCAAAUGAGAGGAGGAGAGUAGUUGUUGGGCUGUCUAGAAUUAUUAAACAAGGCCAAGGUUACAUUUUGAAGGGAUUUGCUAAAAACAAUUGCCCUUAUUUUUUAGUUAAGAUAAUGAAAUCAUUAGAAUCUAGAGAAACUGCAUUUGGGUUUUUUAAGUUUGCAUUUCAAGAUGAUUCUGAUGAAAUAGUCAAGUCUUCUUGUGUCGCGGCGCAUGUUUUAGGUGCACAGAAUCUCAAGUUCCUUGCUCAAGAUGUGGUUUCUUGGGUUAUUAGGAGAGUUGGGGUUGAUAGGAGUAGGGAGGUAGUGGAGUUUAUGUGGAAAAGGCAUGCUGAAUUUGAGUCGGAUUUCUCAGUUCUCGAUACGCUUAUGCGGGGCUUUUUGAAAGUGGAAAUGGGUUGUGAGGCAUUGGAGAUUGUGGGAAGGAUGAGGGAGGUGGGUUUGAGGCCAAGUUCAUCAGCAAUUACAAUUCUUUUUAAGUUGUUGCUUAGAGCUGGUGAUCAUGGUAGUGUUUGGAAGUUGCUUAGGGGUAUGAUUCAUCAAGGGCCUAGACCUUGCAAUCGUAACUUUAAUGCGGUGAUUCUUGGUUUCUGUAGAAAAGGACAUGUUAAAGUUGGGGAGAGUUUGUUGUGCGUGAUGCAGAAGUUUAAGUGUCAACCAGAUGUUUAUGCGUAUAACAUUUUGAUUAAUGCAUACUGUACAAGGGGACAGACUGUAGAUGCACUUGGUUGGAUGCGCUUCAUGAUCGAUAAUGGUUGUACACCGAGCUUGGUUACUUUUGGUACAGUCAUAAAUGCAUUUUGCAAUCAGGGAAAUAUGAUGGAAGCAAGGAAUCUUUUUGAUGGGAUGAAAGAGGCCGGUCACAUUCCCAAUGUUGUAUGCUAUAAUACUUUGAUGAAUGGAUAUGUUAAGGCGAGGGACAUUGGUCAGGCAAACAUGCUUUAUGAAGAAAUGAAGAGCAAGGCUAUAGCUCCUGAUUGUACAACUUUUAAUAUUCUGGUUGCAGGGCAUUAUAGAUAUGGAAGAGAGGAAGACCGUGACAGAUUGUUGAGGGAUUUGUCACAAUCAGACUCGCUCUCAAUUAGUUCACUAUAUAAUAUUUGUGUUUCAGGCUUGUGUUGGGCUGGCUGGUUGGAUGAGGCCAUGAAAUUUUUAGAGGAUAUGCUUGAGAAAGGAAUAACUCCAACUGUAGUUGCUUUUAAUUCAAUAAUAGCAGCUUAUAGCAGGGCUGGCUUAGAAGAGAAAGCCUAUAAAGCAUAUAGAAUGAUGGUUAAAUUUGGUUUAUUUCCUUCAUCUUUGACAUGCAGUUCACUAAUCAUGGGUUUAUCCAAGUUGUGGAGGCUGCAAGAAGCGAGGGACCUUUUGUAUGAGAUGAUAGUAAAAGGCCUUCCCAUCAACAAAGCAGCUUUUACUCUGCUUUUGGAUGGGUACUUCAGGAUGGGGGAUGUGGCAGGUGCUUAUAGCCUGUGGAAUGAGAUGGAAGGGAGGGGGAUACAUCCUGAUGCUGUUGCCUUUUCAGCCUUUAUUAAUGGUCUUUCUAUAGUUGGUCUAGUGGAUGAGGCAUAUGAUGUAUUUUUACAAAUGUCAAAAAAAGGGUUCAUGCCCAACAAUUUUGUGUAUAACUCUUUGAUCCGUGGCUUUUGCAACAGUGGGAGGCUGCAGGAAGCAUUGAUGUUGGAGAGGGAGAUGGCGCGAAAGGGUCUUCUUCCUGAUAUUUUUACUACCAAUAUAAUCAUUAACGGUCUCUGUAAAGAAGGCAGUAUGAAGUCAGCAAGUGAUGUAUUUAGAAACAUGCACCAUACCGGGUUGAUCCCUGAUAUUGUCACCUACAAUACUUUGAUUGAUGGAUACUGUAAAGCAUUUGACACAGUUAGUACAGAUGAAGUCGUGAAUAAAAUGUAUGCCACUGGAUGGGACCCAGAUAUCACUACUUAUAAUAUUCGUCUUCAUGGCUUAUGUACUGGUCGGAAAAUGAGUCGAGCUGUGAUGAUGCUGGAGGAGCUUAUUUCAGCAGGUGUUGUUCCGGACACAGUAACAUACAACACUGUUAUGAAUGGUGUUUGUACUGACGUACUGGAGCGCGCCAUGAUUGUAACUGCCAAAUUGCUUAAGAUGGCAUUUGUUCCCAAUGUCGUUACAGCCAAUCUACUAUUAUCUCACUUUUGCAAGCAGGGAAUGCCUGAAAAGACCAUAAUGUGGGGUCAGAAGUUGAAUGAGAUCUCCUUUGGUUUCGAUGAGAUUUCCAUAAAAUUAAUGGAUAGAGCCUACCGUAACAUCCAAGAUAAUGUUGACGUUCCAAAACCACCACCUGAAAAGAGCCUGUUUCUGGAUUUCCUCAUGUACGUUACAUAUGAUUAUUUGAGCAGAAAUAGUCUUCAAAAGAAUGAAAAUCAGGGUUCACUUAAACGGAUGGAAAUUGGUUAUGGUGGAUCCUGAAAGCUUGUUGGAUGGGUUUCCAGGACUUCAGUUUUCGUGAUGUGCUAAAACCUUGUGUGAAAGCAGAACCUGUUAUGCCUUGUUGAAGAUUACCCAGCUGCCUGCACAUUAUAGUGGCAAUGAGUUUUUGAAGCACCAUGCAUAAGGAGACAGUAAUCUUCUUUGGUUGAUAUGGUAUUAGGUAAGCUGCUUUCUGCUCUUGGAAACUUGCAUGAUGUAGAAGGAGAGAUACAAGAAUAGGGUAUAACCUAAAAGAAAACGUGGUUUACCCAUCAGUCAAUAGAUCAGCUAGUAUCAGAAUUUCUUGUUGAUGCAACAGCAUAAAUGGUGGGAUGAACAGGCUAAUGUGUAGGCCCUGUCGACAAUUGGAAUUAAGCAUGCAUCCAUUGGCGUGGGGCCAUAAGGGGAAAAUUUAAAAUCUUUGCAGAUAAAUCAUGGCCUCUGAGUUCAUUUCUUGGCGUGCACCUGCCAGUAUUAUAGUGCACAUUCUUGUUCGAAGACUAUCUGUGGAGAUGGCUUCCGACAUUUGGAUGCAUCUUUCAGCUUUUUAUGGUUUCGCUGCUGCUACAUCUUGAGAAAGUUGUAGUUGCAUAUCUUCUUCGCCACACCCCCGCUGUGUCCUCCUGUUCUCUCCGUUCUUCUGUAUUGAACUCUGUACUCUUGGACUUUGACACAAUGCUUGGGAUUCGAAGUAAAUGACCACAGUUUCAGGAUAGAGAAUGGCAGUGAGGAUCAGAUACACAAGAUAGUUAAAUUUGGUUCGUCUAAAGAUGAUACUUGCAGCUAAAGAAGUUUUGAGUUCACGGUGAUGGUUUCUAUCCACUCAUGGGGUGUGAUAUUUGGAUUGAAGAAAUGGUGUGGCAGCCUCGUAAAUUACAAGCUGAUAUCAAGAAAUUAUCGGAGCUCUUUACUCCAGAAAGAUGAGUUUACCAUGUUGCAAAAUUCCAAUGACUCGCAAGAUGGAUAGGGGCUAAAAUCUGCCCCGUGCUUCUUGAAGACUUCUCCUCACUUGCAGAAGGUUGAGGCAUUGAUGUGUAGGAGACAAAAAAACUAACUUGGUGUUAAUAAAAUCAUCUAUCUGGAUUAUCCACACGCGCGGCCCAAAAAAAAAAACUCACUAGAUAUUGUGAGUCAAAUAAAGUGAGAACUGAUUUAAAUCCA